AACGGCGUGGGGCUACGCCCGCCCAUGGGCUACUCCUCAUGGAAUGACUGCGCGAGCGAGGUGACCGAGGCGCGAAUCAGGCGUGUGGCUCGGGCCCUCGUCAACACAGGUCUCGCCGCCAAAGGAUACACGCACGUCAACGUUGACGAGGGCUGGCUCAAGAGCCGAGGCACGACGACGCUCGCAAUGGAGGAGGACACGGCCAAGUUCCCGUCCGGCAUGCGCGCUCUCGGCGAGUGGGUGCACGCACAGGAGGUGCCCGGGGCAGGCCGCACGCUCAGGUACGGCCUCUACACCUCCCGCGGCACCUGCCAGUGCUCGACCAAGCAGUACCAGGGGCCGGGGAGCAGCGGUCACAUCGAGCGCGAUGCCGCAUGGAUGGUGGCGGCGGGCGCCGAUCUUGUCAAGGUGGACUCGUGCUGCGGCUCGCAGCAGCGCGAGGCGGCUAUGGGCGACUAUGCGGCAUUCCGGGACGCCCUCAACGCCACCGGACGUCCCGUCUUCCUCGCCGUCUGCGGCUGGAACGCCUGGUAUGCACGGCGCGGCCACACCCUCGGCCACUCCUGGCGCAUCGCCCUCGAUGGCACCAACUGGGGCGCGCUUUCGCAUUGCGCCAACGUCAAUGCUCGCCUCUCGAAGCACGCGAGCCCGGGCGGCUGGAACGACCCGGACCUGCUGCAGGGCACCGGAAAGGGAAGCAACGACCUCCCUUCAAAUCCGCACGGCUGCUUUGACCCGAGCCGCAUUCCGCAGAGCAGAGACUGGUACCUGAGCGAGCGGCAGGUCCGUGCGCAGAUGACGCUGUGGGCAGUCAUGUCGGCGCCGCUCAUCAUCUCGGCGGAUCCCAGCCAGGUGGAGCCGUCGGUGCUAGCGACAUGGGGCAACGAGGAGGUGAUUUCGGUGAAUCAGGAA